CAAGAUGUCUUCAUGACCUACACCGUGUAUGAUGACAUCAUCACCAUUAAGCUCAUCCAAGAAGCCUGCAAGGUUCUGGAUGUGUCCAUGGAAGCCAUUCUAAAGCUCUUUGGCGAAUACUUCUUUAAGUUCUGUAAGCUGUCUGGCUAUGACAGGAUGCUGCGGACACUUGGAGGAAAUCUCACCGAGUUUAUUGAAAACCUAGAUGCCCUCCACAGUUACCUGGCACUGUCCUAUCAGGAAAUGAACGCCCCAUCCUUUCGAGUGGAAGGAGGAGCUGACGGGGCGAUGCUUCUCCACUACUACUCAGACAGACAUGGCCUGUGUCACAUUGUACCAGGUAUCAUUGAAGCUGUGGCCAAGGACUUCUUUGACACUGAUGUGGCCAUGAGUAUCCUGGAUAUGAACGAAGAGGUGGAAAGGACAGGGAAGAAAGAACAUGUCGUGUUUCUGGUCGUGCAGAAGACUCACAGAGGAGCAAAGGCAAGCCGGCCACAAGGCAGUGAGGACAGCCAGACAGACCAGGAGGCUCUCCAGGGAACACUCCUUCGGAUGAAGGACAGAUAUUUAAACAUCCCUGUUUGCCCUGGGGAGAAAUCUCACUCAGCUGCUGUGAGGGCAUCGGUCCAUUUUGGAAAAGGGCCCCUCAGGGACACCUUCCAGCCCGUCUAUCCUGAGAGACUGUGGAUCGAAGAGGAGGUGUUCUGCGAUGCUUUUCCUUUCCACAUUGUCUUUGAUGAAGCACUAAGGGUCAAGCAAGCUGGAGUGAAUAUUCAGAAGUAUGUCCCUGGAAUCUUAACCCAGAAGUUUGCACUAGAUGAGUAUUUUUCCAUCAUCCACCCUCAAGUUACUUUCAACAUCUCCAGCAUCUGCAAGUUCAUUAACAGUCAGUUUGUUUUGAAGACAAGAAAAGAAAUGAUGCCCAAAGCAAGGAAGAACCAGCCGAUGCUCAAACUCCGGGGUCAGAUGAUCUGGAUGGAGUCCCUGAGGUGCAUGAUCUUCAUGUGUUCCCCAAAGCUCCGCAGCCUGCAAGAGCUGGAAGAGAGCAAGAUGCACCUUUCUGACAUCGCUCCGCACGACACGACCAGGGAUCUCAUCCUCCUCAACCAGCAGAGGCUGGCAGAGAUGGAACUGUCCUGCCAACUGGAAAAGAAGAAGGAGGAGUUGCGUGUCCUUUCCAAUCACCUGGCCAUCGAGAAGAAGAAGACGGAGACCUUGCUGUAUGCCAUGCUGCCUGAACAUGUGGCCAACCAACUCAAGGAGGGCAGAAAGGUGGCUGCAGGAGAAUUUGAAACAUGUACAAUCCUUUUCAGCGAUGUUGUGACAUUUACCAACAUCUGUGCAGCCUGUGAACCUAUCCAAAUCGUGAACAUGCUGAAUUCAAUGUACUCCAAGUUUGACAGGUUAACCAGUGUCCAUGAUGUCUACAAAGUAGAAACAAUAGGGGAUGCUUACAUGGUGGUGGGUGGAGUACCAGUACCCGUUGAAAGCCAUGCUCAAAGAGUCGCCAAUUUUGCUCUGGGGAUGAGAAUUUCUGCAAAAGAAGUGAUGAAUCCUGUCACUGGGGAACCUAUCCAGAUCAGAGUGGGAAUCCAUACUGGACCAGUCUUAGCAGGUGUUGUGGGAGACAAGAUGCCUCGGUACUGCUUGUUUGGUGACACCGUAAACACAGCCUCUAGGAUGGAAAGUCACGGGCUUCCCAACAAAGUGCAUCUGAGCCCCACAGCCCACAGAGCCCUGGAAAACAAAGGGUUUGAAAUUGUCAGGAGAGGCGAGAUUGAAGUGAAGGGGAAAGGAAAGAUGACCACAUACUUUCUGAUCCAGAACCUGAAUGCCACGGAGGAUGAGAUAAUGGGGCGACCUUCAGCCCCCGCUGAUGGGAAGGAAGUAUGUACUCCUGGAAACCAAGUCAGGAAGCCCCCUGCUGUCCUGAGGAACACAGACCAUCAGCAACAAGUCUACAAAGGAGACCCAGCAGACGGAACAUGAACGAUAAAGUCGGUAACAGAGCUGCACGAUGCUGCAAGGUGUGCAGGAGACCAUGAAGGACCUUCUUGUGCCCUAAAAAUCCUUGAGACAGUAACUGUCUCAGACAGGAGGGCAUGAGCUGUCCUCUCUCAAGAGCUCUUGGUUCCAGUUUCGUCUGGUUCUGAAAAGAAAGGUUCUGUCUUGCCAGCAGGUUUUACAGCCUUGUCACCUCUCUUUCUACAAGCUAAUUAGUGUGGGAGACUUCUUGCUGCCUUGGGCCAUAUGCUGCUUCUAUGGCUGUUAAUGUGGGACAUAAACCCCACUCCCUACCUCACCUGUGUUCGAAAGUUGCAUCUGUUGACCCGGUCUGACCUCUGCAGCCCAAUACCCUUCCUCUUUGAUCUGAUGCUGGGCUGAUAUGUCUGGCCAUUACUCCUCUUUGCUGGUUGUGACUUUAUUUUUCAGUCUUACUGAAAAGGAAAUUAAAAAGUUGUUUUAAAAGUCC